AUGGCUGAGGGGGCCCGGCCCAGAGGGGAAUCCCAAGGCGCAGAAGUUACAAUCCAGAUUCAGCAGCCAACAGAGAGAAACCCGAGGACACCAGCCAGGCGGGGCCCGCGCUCGGUGCUCAGGGUAUCCCAGCUACUGCUCAGGGCGAUCGCUGGCCACCAGAGACUGACUCUGGCAGAGCUCAAGAAGGAGCUGGGAAGUGCAGGCUAUGAAGUGCGCCGGAAGAUCAACCGCCACGAUGGGUCUGAGAGAGGUACGCUUCUGCGGGUCAGUGGCAGCAAUGCCGCAGGCUACUUCAGGGUCUGGAAGGUUCCAAAACCCAAGAGAAAAGUGGGACAGUCCGGGCUGGCGCUGGGCCGCUGCUCUUCAAGGAAGACCCUGCUCCAAUCCCGAUCUCAAGCCCCGAGACCAUGCAGACCCCGCUCGCGUCGCAAGGCAGCCAAGAAGGCCAGAGAAUUCUGGAGACACAAGUCUAAGACUUUGAAGGCAAAGUCCAGGAUAACCAGAUCAAUGGUCAGGACAAGAGUCAGGUCAAGGGCCAGGCCAAAAGCAAGGUCUAGAGCUAUGGACCAGGUGUGUGUCAGGACACAGGAACAGGCUUGUGCCAGGGCCCAGGAACAGGCUUGUGCCAGGGCCCAGGAACAGGCUUGUGCCAGGGCCCAGGAACAGGCUCGUGCCAGGGCCCAGGAACAGGCUCGUGCCAGGGGCAAGGAACAGGCUCGUGCCAGGGCCCAGGAACAGGCUUGUGCCAGGAGCAAGGAACAGGCUCGUGCUAGGACCAGGACACAGGAGUGUGUCCAGAGCAGGGAGCAGGAGUGCCCCAACGCCAGAGAAGAGGCACAUAUGGGAGCCAGGAUGCAAACCAGGGCCAGGGCAACGGAAAACAUCAGAGCAGGACCUUCAAGAGAAGACAGCAGGUCUCCAUCUAAAAAUGAGAGCAGGCCAAACUCGAAAUCCAGGAACGAGAAGAGGCAGGAACCUGAGAGGCUGGUAAAACGAACCAUCCAGAAACCAGCUGUGGCCAAAGCUGUCAGUGGUUCCAGCCUACAAGGAAAAGCACGCACCAAGGCUUCUGCGAAAAGCGAACGUCCUGGGUGCUCGAGGAAUCCUUAA